AUAGAUAAACGAAAUUGUGAACGAUAAUAAUAUGAGGUGAAAAUCUCUAUAUAAGUACUAAUAACGUGCAACCACUACCAGUCAUCAAAAUGUCGUCGCUGAUUAUCCUCUUCGCCAUUGUUGCAGUAGCUUCCGCUUCGAAUCCCUACGUUGGCUACCCGGUGCCAUUUUACCCCAACUACACCAACGGACCAAUAGAGGCUACCAGGAACCAAUUUCCCUAUCAAGUCUCACUGCAAUGGGGCAUAAACAAACUAACUCAUUUCUGCAGUGGUGCUAUUUUGAGUGCCUCAUGGGUUCUCACAUCGGCCCACUGUGCUUCAGUCGUUCCGCCGUACGGUGAUUUUGUGGUGAAGACCGGAAAACUCGAUUUGACUGUAACGGAAAACGCGGAACAAACAGCCACUGUGAAACAAGUCAUCAUACAUGAGAACUACACCGGGGACUCAGGUUUACACGAUGUCGCACUGCUAAAACUGUCUAAGCCCAUUCUUCUGAAUGGUACAGCAAAAGCGAUCGCCCUAUCAACCACGAGCUCGCCUAGCGGAUCUGGUCGGAUGUUAAGCUGGGGAUCAAAUUGGAGAAUGUACACACCACGCAUGCCGGAUAAACUACAAGCAAGCAAUCUGAAUACGCUUGUUUUGUCUACCUGCCAAAAUCUUUUGAACAAUAUAACAAGUACCACUCCGAGGCUUAGCGGGUAUCAGUUCUGCACUGGGUCUUUGCCUGGUGGUUUCUCAGCGUGCGAUAGUGAACCCGGUGCUCCCUUCAUCCAAUAUUACGGAUCUAACGGACCAUACCUAAUGGGAGUCUCAUCAUGGGGCGUCGUGCCAUGCGCCAUAUCCAACGCACCAAUAAUCUUCACGCACUUAUAUUACUACAAAUCUUGGAUUACAUCUCAACAAGCUGCAAACUGAACCAUUCGAUAGACAAUGAAGGAAUUAUACGUUAAUUAUUGUUAACAGUUUAUUGUGUUCAAUAAAUAGUGCUCGCUCUUA